AUGGGGCAUGGCUCGCGCUGCUGCUCCCCCUUGGUGCUGCUGCUCACGCUCUCGGCGGUAGCACGCGGGUUCCACCUUCGCGUCCCGCUCACUUCUAUAGCCCGGAUUCGAACUGGCACGUUUGGUUCAACAACGGGCGUGCGGACGCUCUCUGGCCGCCCCGUGGCCUCGGCAAGACGGAGGGUCGGGGGGCCCACCAUGGACGCCGGCGAAGAGUUCGACCAAUUGGAUGGGAUACCGGGGAUGCCGGAAACCAUUGACAUGGGCCCGAUUCUCCGCACCAACGUCACCGAAUCCAUCGACACCCGCUUCGGCGGCGUCACCUUCAGCCGCAACGGCCAGAUCCGUGGUGACGUCCACUCCGUCCUGCCCACCAGGGGGGCCUUCGGCCUCCCCCCGCUGCCCGCCGCGCUGCCGGAGUACUCACUCGAGAGCGAGGCCGCGGCUACCGCGGCAGCAGUCGCCUCCGGCGCCGUCCCCCCCCGGGACCAUGCCGCUAGCGUAGCGGAAGAGGUCGCGCAGAAGAUCGCCGAGGGCAGCGACCCCGACGUGGGCGGCCUUGCAACCGCCGGGGAACAGCAGCUUAUGCCGUCGGGCUUUAGGGCGGCCGCCCUGCAGAGCGUGACCGGGCACGUGGAGAUCCGAGAGCGGCGCGCGGCGGAGACGGGCACCGGCACGGGCAAGGCGAGGGCGCCCGCAGGGAUCGACCCCACCCGGGUCCCGAACCUCUGGCUGGCCGUGGCCCACUCCUCCGACGUCAAGGCCGGGGAGGUGAAGAAGGUUGAGGUCGACGGGGUGCCGAUAGCCCUGUGGCGCACCUCGACAGGAAGCGUGAGCGCGCAGUCGGACGUCUGCAUCCACAGAGGGGCGAGCCUGGCCCGCGGGUGGAUCGCCAACGACCGCUUGGUCUGCCCUUACCACGGCUUCGAGUUCGAGAGCAACGGCCGCCUGGCGCACAUGCCCGGCGCCGGUCGUCCCAAGGGGAGCGCCGCGGUGGCGAGGGCGGCGGGCAGGCCGGCCACCGCUGACGCCGCCGACAAGGCGAAGGCCUGCGGCGGGCGCAAGGCUCCCACGUACCCGGUCAAGGAGUCCGCGGGCUGGAUCUACAUCUUCCCGGACGAGACGCGGCCGGGGUCGGUUGAGCAGCACCUCGACCCGGUGGUCAUCCCCGAGGCGGUUUCGCCGCAGUUCAGGUGCAUCCAGGGGUCCAUGGACUUCAAGGGGGGCGUGGACGCGUCCGUGGAGAACAUGCUGGACAUGCUCCACAUCUCGUUCGUGCACAGCUUCGGCAACCAGCAGGACCCGACCCCUUUCGCGGUGUCGUACGAGAGGGGCUUCGACGACCCCGGAACGGAGGCGUUGGCGACCUCGCAGGUCACCUUCCGGUACAGGUCCGGAAGCAAGUCCUUCAGCAAGGUCGUCGGCAAGAGCACGGAGNCCGGCUGCGUGGUGGUGAAGAACGAGUUCCACUUGCCGUAUCGUGCGGUCAUCCGCGUGUACUUCGGCAGCAACAGCCUCAAGACCAUCGAGGCUACGGCGGUGCCGAGGGCCGACGGGGAGACGACGCUUCACUGGAAGCUCUACCGGAACUUCGCCAUCACACACCCGCUUGACGAGGGGCCUAUCAACAAGGCGGGCGACUUGUUGUUCGGGCAGAUGAUGGACCUGACGCUGAAAGAGGACAAGGAGAUCAUUGAGAACAUUUACCCAGAGUACCAGCGCGGUUUCAUGAACGCCCGCUACGACCAGCAGAUGCUGCAGUACCGCAAGGCCAUCACCAACUUCCAGGCCACCGCCGCCGAGCGCGCCAACGCCCAGCUCGAGACCUCCCUCCAGAUGGAGCUCCUCAACCGCAUCUCCCGCAGCGAGCGCGGCCUUGCCUCCACGCGCAGCGACCGCUCCGCUAUCCUGGAUCUGAUCCGGCGCCUAGAAGACGUGCAGGCGACGACGCAGCCUCCUCCGCCCAACGUCGGCGGUGGUGAACAAAAGCUUGCGGUGGACGCGGCGGCGGCCGCUGAGGCGGCGACGGCGGCGGCGGACGAGAACGCCCUGAGAGAGAGCGUGGAGGGAGAGUGGCACCUGGAGUUCGUGUCGAACGACGGGGGGGAGGAGGGGGUGCAGGAGGGGUGGGACUUGGCCUCCUCGACAGACCCCGAGAAGAAGGAGCGGCUCGCGGUGCUGAAAGAAGCCGGUGGCGAGGCCCUCCUGUUCGACUGGAAGGAGACCGGCCGUCCCCUGUGGGCAGACACGUCGGAGAGCGUCCAGAUCAUCGACACCAAGGCUCGGACCUUGACGAACCGUGCCGUGUACAAGGGCUGGAGCGGUCUCACCACGACUGUUCAGCUCGACGCGGUCGUCGAGCCCCUCAAGGACGAGGCCAAUCGCCUCAUAGUCGGCUUCCGCAAGGCGAUCGUGAGCAUCGGGGGCAUGAAGGUCACGUUUCCGCACCUGCAGCGCUUCAGCCCGACGGGAUGGAUGGAGACCACCUACCUGAACCAGGGCAUCCGCAUCGCGAGAGGGAACAAGGGCUCCAUCUUUGUCCUCACGCGCCAGCCGGUGUCUUCUCGUCGUUCCUCUUUUUUGUCUUCGCCUCCCGUCACUAACGGGGGCGCCGCCAACAAGAGCUUCUUCCAGUAGCCAGAAGAGGGAGUGGGUGGGGUAGAGGAACUCGUGGCAACGAAUUGGAGGGUUGGGGGAGAGCAGAGCAGAGCAAAGCAGAGCAGAGCAGAGAGAGAGAGAGAGAGAGAGAGAGACUGCUGAGGGUUUGUUGUCCGAGAAAAAACCGAGAGCGCUCUUUCUUGAGUCUAACAACAUUAUGCCUCUGAAAGAGAAGGUGAUCCCCAAGGGGAUUCUGUCCAGGAAAGAGAGAGGAAAAAGCUACUGAAACAUAUUCUCGGAAGCUGUAAAUCAGUGAAGGUGUCUAUAUUGUACACGUCGUAUCACUAUUCAAGAUGAUCCCCAAGGGGAGUGUGUCCAGGAGAGAGAUAGAAAAAAUGGCGAUGUUUCUCGGAAGCUGUAUAUACAUGAAGAUGUCAUCGUACACGUCGUAUCAUUAUUCAAAGUUGAGUCCCUUUUUUUUUGUAGCCGAAUGGACGGCUAUUGUGGCAAGGCUGUGCCAAUACCUUGUUGAUGUCUCAGAAGCAAGUCGCAUGACUGAGAGUAGUAUGGCUGCUGCUGCUCUUGACUUUUCGUUAAGGCGAAGGGGAGAGACGCUGCUGCCGUUUCAUUCGCUUCCCCGUCACAGGUUAAUGUUGGAAUUUUGUUUCAAGUCUUCUUUUGGCAUCGUUGGUGUUGGCGUUGGCGUGGCCUCAGCGUUUUGAUGGUUCAGGAGAAGGGUGCGCUUCGACGUGCACGAGGGGCGUGCGGGAAUAAAUAUCGCAUCGGACGUGACGUCAUGGCAAUGUAGGACCCUGUAAGAUGCGGUACAACAGCACCAGCAACAUGCCGACGAGGUGGUGCCCGCUUGAAGAGUCCGAGUUCCUACUCGUUCGUCGUGGGAUCAGAAUUAACGGGUGUACGUACGUGCAUGGGUGUCGUUGCUUCUGUUUCAUUUUUUUUGUGGAAGUGAGGUUCAGGAAGGGGUAGGCAGAGGGGACCCUGUAAAUGUGGAAAAAAGUCGGUUUGGGGUGCGAGGCGGCAUGUUGCGCGGCGGGCGCAUGCCUCUGUGGAGAGAGGGAGCGGGGGAGUGAGGGAGAGCGACACGCACACAUCGUCGUGGCAGAGGGGGAGCUGGAAGCGGAGGCUAGGAUUUGCUCCAAUUUUGGUCAGGUCGUGCGUGUGGACGGUCCUGUUGAGACGCCCUUAUUUCCCUGGGUGGAGUAAAAGCACAUGUAAAGCUCAAAUGACGUGCUCAAAAGCGUGUGUUGUCAGGGGGGGGGGGGAGGCGUCUAAGGACGAAAAAACGCCGCGAUUAAUGGCAUGUAAAAAGGGAGUAUGUAUGUCGUUUUUGUCGACCGUUAUCCUGUGCAAGUUGUUACACCGUUCUGGUGCGCAACCAUCGUUCGUGCGGUUUGUAGUGGGGUGGUGUGUGGCGCCCGGCGGUCAGAGAAAAGGUGCUCAAGCAUGAAAACAUUUUGCGGUUGGUUCUGUAUCGGCAAGGAAUGAAAAGGGUGCGGACUAGCCGCUUCUGCAAGAGAUCUUUUUCGCGGACUGGAUUGUUGAGCGUGAAGGUGGGGAUAUGUAUUCGAUGGAGAUUUCGCGCGCGCGCGUGUGUGUUUUUGUGGCUCGCCGUCCGGGCACAAGAUGUUCAUUUGUGGAUGUACGAACGUAUGUAGCUCUAUAUAUGUCGAGCUGUUUUUCGUGGGAUGGGUUUCGUAUGCGUUUGGAGACUUUCAUGCUGUUGUAGCGGUGGUAGGGUUCUGUGCAUGGAGUGGUGAUGGUGGCGGUGGUGUUGACGGCUAUUGCGUGGCGGGUUGCCAAGCGACAGCCCGCAAGAUAACCGGUUUACAUCUCGGCUACCCGUGGGAUGUGGUUGCUUUGCGGUUCGCUGAGACGCUUGCGCGAGGGGUCUGGGGCGGGGUGAGUGCAACAUGUUCUGAAGCUCGGGACUACCCUUUUUUUCCAGGUUUGUUUGUUGACAGGGUCC